GUCACCCAUUCCCGGACCUCCAAGCCGCCCGCUGCUGUUGCUGCUGCAGCCGAGGCGGAGAAACCGCGGGAAAGCCCUGCGAGCGUCCGGCCGUCUAUUCCUGCAGUCGGAGGAGGGCGUGAUCCACCACCGUGGCCGCAGGCCGGUGGCUCCCUAGCACCAGCCACUUGGGCUGAUGUGGAGAAAAGCCCUGGAUUUCUCCACUAACAACAGUAUGCUUCUCACCAGCUUCAUGGGCACCAAUUUUAUUAUUAAUAUUCCAAAGUGUGUCUCUUCCUCCAAGUUUAAGUCAACCUCAGUCAGAGUAGCAGUGGCUCAACUUCCGGAUGCAUCCAGUUUACCAGGUGUAACAGAUACUGAACAGAUUGAGAAUAUCCGUAAAACUCCUCAGGCCCAGGUGUAUUUUGCGGAUGAAUUCAAGAGCGUCUCCUGCAGAGUGACCAGGGAACUUCUGGUUCUCAACCUGGACGAUAGCCAAUAUGAGUUGAUCAGUGUGAUAGGCUACCAAGUGGGAACAGAGUUCUGCCGUCAAACCAAAGGUCCCUUCUGCAACCAACCUCUAAAACCAUCUACUUUUUAUAGGGUGAACUACUUUUUUUUGGAUGACAAGUCUGUCAUAAGAGCCCAUACAGAUUGGUCAACAGCCAUACAGACCAGGAAUGUGACCAACCAUGAAUCAGCCGAUAUAACGUUUGAACGGGCAGGAGGCAUGAUCGUAAUUACUAUUUUGGUCUCCGUGGGUGGAGCUGUCCUUCUAAUUGCGCUAAUUGUAGCAGCUGUACUUUCUAAUAAGAAGUAGACGGGUUCCUUUCUUCUGGAUUGAAAAUAAUUGUAGAUAUGAAGCAGAAUUCGCUUGGAAAUCAAAGGGGAUUCUACAGCCCCCUCCUCCAAGUCAAGGAAUAAACUGGUAAAGAAUGAAAGCGGCAUCGAAUAAAACAGAACAUCUGCAAUUUCUCUUCCAUGAUUCUUCAAAUUCUACAUGCAUUAGCUUCAAACGCAUCAUAUUUUGGAUGCAUUUUGAAUCCUCUCUCUGCAACGAUAACCCUGGAUCCAGCAAAUUAUUUUUAAGAUGCGUAUUAUCAGUAUUGCCCUUGUUUCAAAUGUACUAGGGUGACAAAGCUUGGUUGGCUCACGUAUAAGAUAUGAAAGAAUUCUGCAUAAAACUGGGCCCAACCAAGUUCCCAAUUGCCUACAAAGUUCUACAAAAUUAGAGCAAGACCAUACUUAAUUAUGGGUGUUUGUAGGGAAGGCACUCCAUUGCAAAUAUGACAUUACAUGCAGGGUGAAAUCUAAAAAUUUUCCCUACCGGUUAUGUGGGCAUGGCUUAAUUGGUGGGCGUGGCUUGGCGGUCAGGUGACUGGAUGGGCUUGACCAAUAACAAUAAAUAAUAAAAAUAAUAAAGUAUACAAAAUUUGGGAGCGCACUGGUCUACCUUCUUUAAAAAUAGAGGCACCAGUCUACUAAUUGCCUUUUUUUGGGAGGCACCGGUCUACCUUCUUUAAAAAUAGAGUCUACUAGCCACCUACAGCGCUGAUCAGCUGUACUGCCGCCCUUUGAAGCACCGCAGCAGUCAUUUAAGGCCAUUUGCAGCUAUAUCACCACUGGUCUACCUUCUUUAAAGAUAGAGGCACCGGUCUACUAAUUGCCUUUUUUUGGGAGGCACCGGUCUACCUUCUUUAAAGAUAGAGGCACCGGUCUACUAAUUGCCUCUUUUUGGGAGGCAAAAAAAGGUCUACCUUCUUUAAAAAUAGAGUCUACUAGCCACCUACAGCGCUGAUCAGCUGUACUGCCACCCUUUGAAGCGCCGCAGCAGUCAUUUAAGGCCAUUUGCAGCUAUAUCACCACUGGGAGCUUCAGGGACAGAGAAGAGGAACAGCGAGGCGUGGGCGGGGGGGGCAGGGAUUUUUGCUACCGGUUCUCUGAACUACCUGCCCCCCAUCACUACCAGAUCACGUGAUCUGGUCCAAACCCGGAGUAUUUCACCCCUGAUCACAUGAAUCACCUAUCUGAUGAAUAUUUUGGGCAAGGACAUUCUGAUGGAUUCUACCAGACAUAGCUAAAAUUAACACGUCUCCUUGUUAGGCUUAUUCCUAAUGGGCAAUAUCUGUACACUUCCCAGAGUCCCUUUUUCAAUAUUCCUCUUCAAAGAACAUCUCUGUGAAGCCCAGAGGCUGAUUUAAAUUGUCAGACUUUCAUCAAAAGUGCUGAGUAGAAGCCAUGGGGAUGUCUUGUGGAACAUGGCAUCAGCCUGUAUAGAAUUGUGUGAUUUGCAAACGAAAGCAAUUGAGUAACUUGUUCCAUGACUUCAUCGUGUCGAGCCAUAUCAAGACUUGACUUUGACUUCAUAAUGUGUGUGAUGGCAUUUACCUCCCCAAUUUCAUAUCUUUGGUAUUUAGAAACAUUUGGUUGUUCUAGACCAGGAGUCUGCAACCUUAAACACUCAAACACUCAUCUGGACCCGUUUCCCACAGAAAAGAAAACACCGGGAGCCACGAAACCCUUCCCGUGCCUGACUAUUUCUUGAGCAGCCAGAAAAUUAGCAUAUGUAGUUGAAUUAAUCGUUCUGUUUUCUUCUGAAACUUUUCUUUUCUUGGAUCUAUCCAUGGUUGGCCUACCGAGCGUUGAAAAGCUCGAUAAAUCGCAUGUCAGCAGGUGUUGCACAUUGGUGCUUGUGACGCAUAUUUUGAGUGACAGGGAGCCGCAACAGAGGGGUGAAAGAGCCGCAUGCAGCUCCAGAGCUGCGGGUUGCUGACCCCUGUUCUAGG